GUGGGGGUUUUAGGAGGGGGAUAUAAUCGCCGUGUCAGUUUAGGCUUUCUUAUGCAAAGAGGCUGUGUUUGAAGGCGGAUCUUUUAGCAGGUUAGACUCACACACUCCGGCUCACACUCUCAGACGGAGCUGCGGAGUGUCCGGAGUAUCACAGUCUCACUUUCUCUCACUUCACUUACCAUUCGUCUUCAAGGGACUUAACUAAGGAUUUCACCAAGGACUAAUGAUGACAGACUGCUUUCUUUAAAAAAAAAAAGAAAGAAAGAAAGAAAGAAGAGGCAUCCCAUCCUGACGCUAUUUAUUUUUUUCUUGUAGUGAGGAAAAGUAUCAGAACUUUUCAAGUGAAGGACAGAGUCUCUUCAUUGCCUCACAGGACUAAAGCACAUUGGCGAAGCAGUGAAAAAUUCUCUGGAUUUAAUCGAAAUCAGAAAGACAGUUGCGUCUGUAUUUCGACGGGAAUGGACGGAUUUUCCUUCUGUCCUCAUGCUCCUCUUCGUGGAAGUGAGUUUUUCUAUCAAAGAUGUUAUGAAACGCGGAAAAUCGCCUCCGUCUUAACUUCUCCAGGAUUUACCGUACGCCGUACCUAGUUGUCCAGAAGUUGUCCGGCUGCCUAUUUUUAGUGAGUCGAAUUUGCAACUCAAUGAACCUGUCCUGCAGCUCAUUCGCUCAAUACGCGCUGUUUUGAAAGGCAAACAUCGCUGUCAUUACUACAUGUGCUACAUGAGAUAACCCGGUGUGGGAAAACCCGAAAUGUUUCACUCCACAUUUGAAUGGAGCCUUCGCAGCUCGCUGCUGCUUUUCGGAGCCGCUUUGUGCUCGGCGAUCAGCUCCAUAGACCCGGAUCGACCAGGAGAAGGCAGAUGCCAGGAGAUCUCCAUCCCUCUCUGCAAGGACAUUGGGUACAACUUGACAGUUAUGCCUAACUUGAUGGGGCACGAGGAUCAGUUAGAGGCUUCCAUAAAGCUUCACGAGUUCGUGCCGCUGAUCGAGUUCGGAUGCCACAGCCACCUCAAGUUUUUCCUGUGCUCACUCUAUGCCCCCAUGUGCACGGAGCAGGUCUCCACCCCGAUCCCAGCCUGCCGAGUGAUGUGCGAACAAGCAAGGCAGAAGUGUUCUCCCAUUAUGGAGCAGUUUAAUUUUCACUGGCCAGACUCCCUGGACUGCUCCAGGCUGCCUAAUAAGAACGACCCUAACUACCUCUGCAUGGAGGCCCCCAACAACGGCAGCGACGAUACGUCUUUAAAAGGAUCUCACACCCAGCCUCCGGACUCACGCCCUCCUCGACAUGGGAACAACCAGGAUCUACCCAUUAAGGAACGGAUGGGGAAGGACACUUGCGGGAACCCUGGGAAGUUUCACUACGUGCAGAAGAGCGAGUCGUGCGCCCCAAAGUGUUACCCUAAAGUGGACGUAUACUGGAGCCAGGAAGACAAGCGCUUCUCCAUGGUCUGGAUAGCCAUCUGGUCCAUCCUUUGCUUUGUCUCCAGCGCCUUCACCGUCCUAACCUUUCUCAUUGACCCACAGCGGUUCAAGUACCCCGAACGCCCUAUUAUCUUCCUCUCCAUGUCCUACUGCGUCUAUUCCGUAGGCUACCUCAUUCGUCUGUUUGUUGGGGCUGAAAAUGUGGCCUGUGACCGUGACAGCGGUGUCCAGUACAUCAUCCAAGAAGGCCUGGAGAGCACAGGUUGCACUAUAGUCUUCCUCAUUCUCUACUACUUCGGCAUGGCUAGCUCCCUCUGGUGGGUGAUUCUGACUCUCACCUGGUUCCUGGCAGCUGGAAAGAAAUGGGGACACGAGGCUAUUGAAGCCAACAGCAGCUACUUCCACCUGGCUGCAUGGGCUAUCCCAGCCAUAAAGACUAUCCUGAUUCUGGUCAUGAGAAAAGUGGCAGGUGAUGAACUGACAGGCAUUUGUUAUGUAGGCAGCAUGGAUGUCAAGGCUAUGACUGGUUUUGUCCUAAUCCCUCUGUCAUGCUACCUGAUCAUAGGCACCUCGUUUUUGCUCUCUGGUUUCGUCGCUCUCUUUCACAUUCGCAAGGUUAUGAAAACAGAAGGAGAGAACACUGAUAAACUGGAGAAGCUGAUGGUGCGUAUCGGGGUGUUCUCCGUCCUCUACACCGUUCCUGCCACAUGUGUCAUUGCUUGCUACUUCUACGAGCGUCUCAACAUGGACUAUUGGAAAGUUCUGGCAGGAGAGCAGCGCUGCAUGGAAGGCGUCAACGGGAGCGGAGAGGAGUGCACCAUGAAGAGCUCCAUCCCGGCUGUUGAGAUAUUCAUGGUGAAGAUAUUUAUGCUUCUGGUGGUGGGCAUCACCAGCGGCAUGUGGAUCUGGACUUCCAAAACUUUGCAGUCCUGGCAGAACGUCUUCAGCCGCAAACUGAGGAAGAGGGCGAGGAGGAAGGCAGCGUGCGUUUUCACGGGCAGUCGACCUUACCUGAAACCUCACCCCGCACUUAAAGGACACAAAACGAAGUAUGAACACACUGGAGCUCCUGCUACAUGUGUAUGAGCACAAAAUCUUAACACGCACAACAAACAGACUUAUGCGGGACACAGUUUGUUUUUCAGUCGGUUUAUAUGUUCGAGUCUAUGGGUGAACAAGUUCAUGUAUAUUUUAUGCAAACCUUAGUUGUUAAAAUUAAAACAAAAAAAAAUGCAGUGUUCUAAGGACAGAUUCGAAUAAUGAAAAUAAA